CCCACAACUGAGGACAUUUCAACUGAAGAAGUAACACAUGCGUGGAUAACUUCCGUCGCUAGAGGAACAAUGCACGCAUUAUUCGAACGGAUUCUUAUGAUAUCUCAAUUAUCUUCACAUGGUACUCAACAGUUGUUAACGGAUCUUGGAUAUUUAACGAAUGUUUUGAGCGCCUUAGAAAUUGAACCUACAAGGGAAAUUAUAAAAACUAUUAAAGUCUUGGAAAUGGAUGAAGAUAGCGUGGUUAACGCUUUAAGAGCCAAAACGGGAAGUAUUAGUCAAAGUGGAAAUUUGAUCAAUGAUUUUGAAGAGUUUUCUGACGCAAAAGAUCAUGAAAUUUUAGAUAAAGUUGCAAGCGUUAGGGGAAUCAGAUUAUUAGAUCUAG